AUGCAUAGAGAAUUUUUCACCACCAACGAUGGCUGCAAGAUUGCCUUCCAAACGUCUAUACCACUGGUCGAUGCAGUGGAAGCUGAGCCCAAGAGAUGUGUAGUGCUCAUGCAUGGCUUCAGCGGUUCCAGCGACUACUUCGUCCGCAACUUUACGACUUUAAGCGACAACCUCUGGGUUAUAGCUCCUGAUAUGCGUGGCCAUGGAGAUUCUGACCGAACCCGUGGAGGUUACCAUGUUGCUCGCUUGGCAGUUGAUCUCGCCGAGCUCGUCGCUCAUAUCCGCAAGUCGACACCCAACAUUAGCCUCGUCCCCAUUGGAUGUUCUAUUGGUGCUGCCGUUCUAUGGACAUACAUCGAAUUGUUUGGAUGUAACGAUUUUGCUGGGUUUGUCUUCGUUGAUCAAGCACCCCUACAAGAUCGGUCGGCGUUUGAUGGAUGGGAUGAAUCCAAAUCCCACACAGGAUGCCAUGACGAAAAGACGCUGCUCUCAGCGCAACAUGCCUGGAUUCACGAUACCAAGGCGGCACAUUUAGACCUAACAAUAGGUUGCCUAGGCUACCGACAUGCCCCGAGAGGAGAGGAUAGGGUUUCGGCAGAGCAACUGGUGAAGGAUGAAUCGUUCUUCACAGAGAUCAGUGCCCGAUGCGAUCAAAGCUGGUUGGCGCGCCUGCUCGCGGACCAUACUCGCUUCGACCAUCGAGAGGCGAUAGAAACAAUCACAGUUCCCACACUGGUUAUGGCUGGUCGACGAUCAAGCUGCUUCCCACUCGAAGGAAUGCUGGAGACUGUGAAGCGGAUCGAAACCUCGAGGCCAGGGCUUGCAAGGUCGUCGAUAUUCGAAUCCGGACAUUGGCUAUUUUACGAAGAACCAGAAAGGUUCGAUAGGGAAAUCAUCGAAUUUGUCAACAACUUAUGUUCGGCAUGA